UGAACAGUUUCGCUGAAAAGCAUUUUUUUAAAAAAAAAAAUCAAGACUACAGCAGCAACGACAACAAUCUCCCUAACUUCCAAAGAGUUGUGGGCUCCCAAAACGUUAAGUGGGUAUUGCAAAGAAUAACCCCCAAUUCCUAAUAAGCGAUGGAGAGGGGGGCUGGCUUCUGCCCAGGCUUACACUCGGCUCUAUGGACCUGCUUUCUGCUCUCUGCUUGUUUUCUGAUUGUUGCCAAGGGUGAGAUAACUUGCACAUCGUGCCCAUCGCCGGCGAAACCGCACCGGAGGGGUGUGUUAUUGGACCUGCAGAUGGACGCGGGGAAGUCCGGGACAAGAUUUCUAACGAAGCAUUUGGAAAGGUCUGUGGAGCCUUAUUAUUCGGGGCUAGGAGUUUCGGUUGCUUCGGAUGUAACGGGUGUUCCCGGUAAUGUAAAGUCAGUGGACACUGGCGUGGUAAUACCCCAGUCCCUAGCUAGUUCCAAAGUGACAGGUCCUGGUAUAGAAGAGGCCGGGGGCAAGAAAAAUGUGGUCAGGGGGAGAGAGAUGACCAUGGAUGCGGAGAAACCGGUUGAUUUAGGGCAGAAUGGUGGGGAAGCAGUUUCAGAUAGGGGCACAUUUAUACACACAGAUGGCAAGAAUGUGAUAUACGGUGACAACUUGCUGAGGGCAAAGCGGAGCCGAUCCAGCACAUUGGACGGACAAAGACUAAGCAGAGCAGAGUUGAAAUGGACCAGAGAUGACGGGAAAGUGACCAACUCCAAGCAGGAGGAGUUGAAACUUACCAGCACCACCUUUGCAUUGACCGGGGAUUCUGCUCAUAACCAAGCCAUGGUGCACUGGUCAGGACACAACAGCAGUGUGAUUCUCAUCCUGACGAAGCUCUAUGACUUUAACCUGGGAAGUGUCACUGAGAGCUCUUUGUGGAGAUCAACUGACUAUGGAGCUACUUAUGAAAAGCUGAACGACAAAGUGGGCCUGAAGACUGUCUUGAGCUAUCUGUACGUCUGCCCAAGCAAUAAAAGGAAGAUAAUGCUUCUGAGUGAUCCAGAGAUUGAAAGCAGUCUACUCAUCAGUUCAGAUGAAGGGGCCAGCUAUCAGAAAUUCCGUCUCAACUUUUACAUUCUGAGCCUGCUGUUUCAUCCAAGACAUGAAGACUGGAUUCUGUCUUACAGCCACGACCAAAAGUUAUACAGUUCUAUAGAUUUUGGAAGGAAAUGGCAGCUGGUACAUGAGAAUGUCAACCCCAACAGAUUCUACUGGUCAGUAAUCGGCUUAGACAAGGAGUCAGAUCUCAUACACAUGGAGGCACGGACUGCGGAUGGGCAUGCUCGAUACAUUACCUGCAGGAUUCAAGCCUGUUCUGAGCUGGACAGAAGCCACCCUUUCCCUGGAUACAUUGACAGCAGUUCCCUCGUGGUUCAGGAUGAGUAUAUGUUCAUUCAGGUUACAACAGGUGGGAGGGCCACUUACUAUGUGUCCUAUCGAAGAGAGACUUUCAUUCAAAUCAAAUUACCAAAAUACGCACUGCCAAAGGACAUGCACAUUAUCAGUACGGAUGAGAACCAGGUGUUUGCGGCUGUGCAGGAGUGGUACCAGAAUGACACCUAUAACCUGUACAUAUCAGAUACCCGAGGGAUCUACUUCACUCUUGCACUGGAGCAUGUAAAGACCAGCAGAGGACUGGAGGGGAACAUCAUGAUUGAGCUCUAUGAGGUAGCAGGGAUAAAAGGAAUGUUCAUUGCGAACAAAAAGCUUGAAGGCCAAGUGAAGACUUACAUCACAUACAAUAAAGGGAGGGACUGGCGUUUGCUGAAGGCACCUGUCACAGACCUGAGAGGAAACCCCAUACAUUGUGUUCUGCCAUUUUGUUCCCUGCACCUACACUUGCAAGUUUCAGAGAAUCCAUAUACUUCUGGAAGCAUCUCAAGCAAGGUGUCUGCUCCUGGGAUUAUAGUGGCUUCAGGUAAUGUAGGCACUGAACUUACCUUCAACGAUGUUGGAAUGUUCAUAUCCACUGAUGCGGGGAACAGCUGGAGACAGAUUUUUGAUGAAGAGCACAGUAUCUGGUUCCUGGAUAAGGGUGGAGCUCUGAUUGCUAUUAAACAGACAUCACUGCCUAUCAGACAUCUGGCAAUAAGCUUUGAUGAGGGGAAACAGUGGAGCAAAUACAGCUUUACCUUGGCCCCACUGUUUGUAGAUGGAGUGCUGGUGGAGCCUGGAAUAGAGAGUCAGAUAAUGACGUUUUUUGGACACUUCAGUCAUCGCUCUGAGUGGCAGCUCGUUAAGAUUGACUACAAGUCCAUCUUCAGUAGGAGGUGCACGGAGGGAGACUAUCAGACCUGGCAUCUAAACAACCAGGGUGAACCUUGUGUAAUGGGAGAAAAGCAGAGCUACAUGAAGCGCAGGCCAGGAAACCACUGCAUGCUGGGAAAGGACUAUUCCAGAAUAUUGUCCUCAGAGCCAUGUAUCUGUGCUGCCUCUGAUUUUGAAUGUGAUUAUGGGUAUGAGCGUCGUGGAGAUGGGAAGUGUUUGCCUGCCUUCUGGUUCAACCCCUCUACUGUAUCCCGAAGUUGCAGCCUUGGACAGAGUUAUCUCAGCAGCACUGGGUACCGGAAGGUGGUGUCCAAUAACUGCACUGCAGGAGUGAAGGAGAUCUACACAGCCAGGAAGCAGCAGUGCCCUCGUCGUGCUCCCCGGGGCCUGCAUGUUGUCACUAGCGAUGGCAAGCUGAUUUCUUCACAGGGGAGCAAUGUUACCUUCCUUGUCUUUUUGGAAGACGGCGACUCUCUUAGGACAAAUAUUCAGUUAGAUUUUGGAGAUGGCAUUGCAGUUUCCUACUCCAAUCUCAGCCUCAUAGAGGGUGGGAUCAAACACGUUUACAAGACCUCUGGCAUAUUCCGAGUGGGCGCUCUGGCAGAAAACAGCCUGGGGUCAGACAGCGCCGCCCUUUACCUGCACAUAACAUGUCCAGUGGAACGCAUUCAUCUUUCUGUCCCAAUCGUUGUCAUAAAGAACAAAGAAGUCAACCUCACUGCUAUGGUGUGGCCCAGUCAUUCCAGAACAAUUACUUAUUUCUGGUGGUUUGAAAACAGCACUGAGCCAGUGAUCACGCUGGAAGGAAGUGUAUCCUAUACCUUCAUGGUGGAGGGGAUGAACACUGUCACAGUGCAAGUCUCUGCUGGCGAUGCAAUACUGCAGGACUCAAAGACAAUCGCAGUUCAUGAAUUCUUCAAGUCUCUGCUGUUGUCCUUUUCUCCCAAUCUUGAUGAGUAUAACCCUGAUAUCCCAGAAUGGAGAGACGAUGUCAGUAAAGUCAUUAAGAAGGCUCUUGUACAAGUGUCUGAUUUUCCAGAAGAGCAGCUUUUAGUUGCUGUGCUUCCAGGCAUCCCCACUGUUGCUGAGCUUUUUCUUUUACCACUUAACAACCUGACAGAGGAGAGGAAAAAGAACGAGGCUGACUUAGAGCAAAUUUCAAGAAUUCUGGUCAGUGCCCUGAAUCAAAAUGUGGUGGAGUUUGAGCUGAAGCCUGGAGUUAGAGUGAUUGUUUAUAUUACACAACUCACCUUAGCUCCCCUUGUCGACUCCAGUCCAAGACUCAGCAGUUCUGCCAUGUUGAUGUUGCUGUCAGUUGUAUUUCUGGGUUUAGCAGUUUUUUUAAUCUACAAGUUUAAAAGAAAAAUCCCCUGGAUAAAUAUAUUUGCGGAGGUCAACCAUGAAAAAGAACAAGAGAUGAUUGGCUCUGUCAGCGAGACCACGCCCACAAUUAUACUAAGUGAGUUCACUAGUCGCGAGCAACAGCUGGAAAAGGAACUAGAGACCAGGGUCAUAGGAGGAACUGCAACAGAUGGAGAGAGCGAAAGCACAAGGGAAAUUCCAAACUGCACCAGCGUUUAAAAAACCUACGAUGCAUCAACGUGUACAGAAGUUUUGAGAUUUUGGAGUUCUGUUUUGUAAUUCUAAAAUACACAGUCAAUGUUAAUAGUUUUUUAAGGACCUCAUUUAUAAAGCGUUGCAUGGGAGUGACUUGUUCACUAGAUAUAUUCUACUGAAACUCUUUUUGACCUGCAGAAUUGUGACUCAUAAUGGCCAGGCAUUGCUGAAUUGUACACCUGCAGCCUCCCUGUUGUGCCUAGAACACAGCUCACUCUGGUUUAUUUUAAUGCUCUAAAGACCAAUGUAACUUUGACCUCUUUCUACUGCAUUUCCACUUUCACUUGUAUUGUCUUCAGUGGUGUUAAUAAGGGAAUCAUUAUAUUAGUAAAGGAGCUUCAGCUCUGUAUAAUAUCCAUGCCCCAGUGUAAAACAGUGGGCUGUUUACUGUAUAAGCAAACGCCUAGUCUAAAGUAAUGGAACAUGAUGGAUAGAUAUUCAUUCCUAUGUUUUCUCUGUAAAUACUGAAUUUCCCCAUAGUGAUCUUGGCAAAUGAGCACACCAGUAUACAAUCAGUUUUUGCAGGGUUAAAACACCACAUUACCUUAGAAAUAGAUUUAUAAAUGAGGUCCCGGACUUGUGCAUGGUAAGACUGAGGACACAGAUGGCAUACUGUAGAUAAACAAGUCUGUUGUAUAUAGAUUUUUUCAAUUAUUAUUUCUCUGAAAAACGAUAACUGUUACAUACAUUUACAAUAAAACAACAAUAAAAAAAAGACUUUUAUCUGAAGUUUACACAUUUAAUCUUUAAAGAUGUUUCAGUUGUUUGCCCUGGCUUUAAUUUUGUAUUAUUAUAAAAUUAUUUGGAGCUCUAGUUAAUUAUAAAAGCAUUCAUUCAUUAUGUAAACUGCAUUAACUUUCAAAGACUCCCAAGGUUGAUUGACUGGUUUUUAUGUUUCUAUUUAUAAACCUGUAAUGCAUAUUUAACUACAUUUUUCAUUGAAGUAAAAUUAAUACAUAAUAUAAAAUAUACAAAUAAUACACACAUAGAAAUAAUACAGUGAUAAAUAUGUCUUCAUUUCAGAAUGAAAAUACAGGACCCUUAGGGCAACUCGAAAGCCAAGCAAAAAUGAUCAAUUGCUGCUUUUAAUGGUUUAGCUGCAUAGCCUAUAGAGUAGGUUUCAGAUGGUUCAUUUCUGCUGCUUGUAAAAAGUUGCUAAUUGUUUGCUAGGGGGUCAUUUUUGAUGGUUUUUUUUUUUUCAUUAAAAAGAGCCUGAAUGAUUAGUGGAUAAAGAUACUCCAAUUUAAUUACAUAUGCAAAGUAGAAUGGGAAACAAGAUUCUACCAAUGUUUGCUGAAAAUAUCCAACCAGGAUGAAGUGAGAACAGCAAGCAAUCAGAAUAAUAUGUCUGCUUAGGACCAGCAAGCACCAGAUGUGUUUUUGCAGAAGAAAGGAGAAUGUCAUUACACUGACUGCUGACAGGUAAUGAUGUAACAGGGAGGCAAUACAAUAGUAGGUCUGGUAAUAUGCUAGCUGGGGGGAAAAGGCAAAGGAAAUAGCAUAGCCUAGCAUUAAAUAUACGUGUCCAUUGCAGUUCCAUUACUGAACAAAAGCAAAAUCAAUCCGUCCGUCAUGAUUCCUGAGUGCUGGUUGCGUGCCCCUUUUUAGCAACUGUCUGCAUACAUUUUAUAAAUUACAAAAAGCCAACCGGCUAACCAGAACUCAGAAUAAGAUCUUGUAUGUUUAAUUUAUCCCAGUUACGUCUUUCCAAGGACCCUUGACGUUGCCAGAUUGCAACUCAUUAUAAUGACAUUUAGCAACCUUUGAAAUCAACCUCCAAUUAUAUCUGCUGAUCACUCUGCAUAGCAGGUGGAAAAGUCUGAUUCUCAUGGCUGUUUUGCAUCUGUAAAUAAAAAUGCUCACCCCCUGCCACAAAAUUAAAAAAAAAAUUAUAAAUACCCACCUGAGGUUGUUUGUGUUUCACUCUUCUGAAACUGUUUUGAAGGGCAUAGCAGAUAUCAAAGCAGAUUACUAUUUUAAUAGAGAUUUGUUUUUUAAAUGAAUCUAAAGAUGUAUUAGAAUCCUUUGUAUGCAGCGUUCUGUAUACCAGUGCUUUCACAUUCCAAACAUGUAAUGAAAGGCAGGUUGCUCAAAAUAAGUUUAGAUGUCUUGAAAGCCAGUCAUUUCUGUCCACUUCUUGAUGACUGGGUUUGCAACAUUUUUGAAAGAAAAUUAAAUAUAAAUAAAUAAAUACAUUUACUUGUAAAGUACUGAAUGAAAUGAAAUGUUGUGAGCUUCAUGGGCACACAAUUAAAUGUUGUGUCUCAGAUGCAGUGGAAGAUCUCAUUCUCUGAUAACUGUCUGUUUGGAAAACUGCCUUGCUUUUUUCCUCAGUGGUCAAAGAUCUCCCCCCGAAACGGUGGCCUUUUUAAUUUCAUUGACUGGUCAAUUGGUACCAGAACCAAAAGAAAGGAGAGGUCUGAGACGAGAUGUACCUUAAAGUGUGGGUCAGAUUAAAAGUUGCAUCCACUCUUACUCUCUGUCUUGCACAUGUGUAUUGAACUUAUGUUUGGAGUUAAAGGUCAAACUGAUGGUUUUUUUUUUUUCUUUUUUUCUUCUUUUAUUAAUAGAAUUGAGCUUUUUCUGAACUAUCAUCAUUAAAAUGUUACCAUAUUAAAUCUAACCUCAAUGUAAAAAUAUGCUUGAUUUCAAAUGACAAAAACCUGUUGCCAGUAAGAUAAUGCCAUCUGACCUUUCAUUGAGUACAAACUCCGAAUAGCUUUUAGCACUGAAGAUACUAACUGGGUUGUGAAUAUUGCAUUGGCUGGCUUUCUUCCUCGUUCUGUGAACCUGCUGUUUUUGAUGUAUCACACUGACAAGUGUUGACAAAAACAGCCCUAGCAAUGUAUUGUUAGUGUGCAAUACAUUGUGGUUUUCCAGUUUUAGAUCUAUAAUGGGAAUUGCACAACACCACAAAGAAAAUAACCACAGGCUAAAUAAUAUUUUAACACAAUUACUUUACAGUAAUGAAAGAGACUUUCAGCACCUGCUUUUACUACAGCUUCAUGGUUGAAAUAAUGGGACUUGUGGGCAAACAGUUGCAACAUUAUUGUACACACAAACAAUUAAUGCAUGCAUCUUCAUAUA